AUGCAGUCCGAGAAACGAAGAACCCCGGGCGGAAAUCGUCGACGCAAGGUAGCGUUGGCCUGCGAGCCGUGUCGGGUACGGAAGUCUCGCUGUGGUGGUGAAAAGCCGGUGUGUGCUGCCUGUGUGCACCGGGCACUCCCGAUAGACCAUUGUGUCUACAAGACGCAAAAUGCACGAUCCGCAAGCAGUGACGAAUAUGUGCGCAGCUUGCAUCAGCGGAUACGCGAGUUGGAGGCGAAUGCUCGGCGUCAGGAUUCACUGGUACCGGAGCAGUUGGGUGCUGCGGCCACAAACUAUAUACAUCAUCCACCCCAUCCGCAUGCCUUGGAGGAGCGUAAUACCCUCGCACUCAAUACCCCUGAGACGCAUCGUAUAGGGGAUUGCUGUCUAACGUCAUCGAGGGCGGAGGACACCCUCGAUUUGGGUCAACCACGCCGCCAGCCCGAUUCAUCCCACAGCCCACUUGAGUCGCCUAGUGGGAUCAGCGGGAUGGGUGCUUUCACCACGGUCCAUAAUACCCGCGAUCUCUCCAGCCAGAAUGCGGAGUACUUCGGAAGCUCGUCCACUGCAUCACUGAUGUGUCUUCUAACUCGGGACCCCAAGCAGCACCAGGGUCGGCGUGCGUGGGCAUCGCAGCGAAUCCCUCCACCAGACACCAGCGGGGAUUGUCGAGUCACGGGCGCUGACACAUCUCCUAUCCUCCCAGUAGAAGACUUCGUCCUCCCUCCUCGCGAGCUGGCGGAUCACCUGCUUCAUUGUUUCUGGGAAAGGGUAUACUGUCUCUACCCCUUCUUCGACCGCCGUAGCUUCCAGCAAGCCUAUGAGAAUCUAUGGAUUCCCAAAAACCAUCUCAAGCAUCAACUCACGCAUCUAAAUGUUGGUCUCGGAGACCAGUGGCACUCGGGGUCUAAUUCGAUUGUCUUCUCCUGCGCACUAAACACAAUCUUCGCCCUGGGGUGCCAUUUCUCGGAUAUCCCAUUGCAGGGACGCGAGGCCGUCACUCACGACUUCUCUCUGCGAGCAAAGCGUCAUAUUGGACUCUACCUCGUGGAUACCCAUUCGAUCGGUGUGGUCCAGACACUACUCAUCGUAGCUCUGCUUCUCCAAAGCGCCCCACAUCCCCAUCGGUGCUGGAACUCCAUAGGGAUAGCGUGCCGCCUGGCGCUCGGUCUAGGAUUGCAUGAAGAGCAUCUAGAGAGCUCCAAGGAUCCCCUCCAACAAGAGAUUCACCGGCGAACUUGGCAUGGCUGCGUUAUGAUGGACAUGACCGUCAGCAUGACCUACGGCCGGCCGAGCAUGACCGGUCACCUUGCCAAUGUACCACUACCUGGGAUGUUUGACCUCGAUCUGCGCCAGGAACCGACCGGCCCGUCGUUGAUUGCGUUUUAUAUUUGGACAAUCAAGCUCUACGCAAUCCUGGAGCGGAUUCUCUCCGACGUCUACAAAACGUGGCGGGGGCGGAAUAAUGACUGUCUCACCAAGACAGGACCCGGCAGUCUGGAUGUAAUUAUCCAGCUUGAGGAUCAGCUCCUGCAAUAUGAGCGCAGCAUUCCGUCAUUUCUGAGCUGGACUUGUCCGGGGGAAGCCUCCCACGAACCCAUUCUCUGCCGGCAGCGCAAUGUGCUUCAUUCCCGAUUCAUCUACCUCCGGCUUCUCCUCUACCGACCCAUAUUCACGCACCUCUGUUUCGACACCCCAAAUGACGAGCUUGGCUCCAACUCCCUUCAAUCAUUCAUCUUCUCCAAGUGCGCAACAGGCUGUAUCCAGGCUGCCGUCGAUUUAAUCUCCCUUGUCCACGAGACCUACAGGACAGAAUUAACAGAUACUUGGUGGUACAAUGGUUUCUACAUAUCCACCGCCGCCAUCGUCCUCACAAUGUCCCACCUGUGUCGCACCGCCCACGACGCCAAGAACCACACCAAAGACCUUGCAUGGCGAAAAGCAGAGCAAGUCCUGGAGUACAUGGCCUCGUUCAGCAUGUCUGGCCGAAACACCCUCGGCAUCCUCCGGUCUAUCCGGAAUCAAGUCCUCGCGAAUAGAGACGGGGGGCAGCAGCAGCAGCAGCAGCAGCAACCUGUGUCGCGAUCGAGCCGCGAUGCUUCUCCUGAAGCUGGCUUAGGCGUGGGCCACGACAGUGCUGGUGGUGAUAUGGGCGGAGAUGUGCCGGAGCCGGCGCAGUUCGGGCUCUGGGACGGGGGACUGCCGUCAGAUGAGUUGGGGUUCUUGGGGCCGUUUGAUCUGGGGGAUUUCCAGGGGUGGUUUCCGCAGAUGGCGUUGUAG